CCCAAACCGGGUACCCGAAUACGACUAGGGUUUAUGUAAGAGAAAUCGGGACACCACCGUCUACAUAUUGAAGAAGUGCCCAAGGAAGCUCGUUCUUUCGUCGUCGUCACAAGUCACAACUCGCAAACCACAAUGCCUAAGCAGAUCCACGAGAUUAAGGAUUUUCUUCUGACGGCGCGGAGGAAGGAUGCGAGGUCGGUGAAAAUCAAGAGGAGCAGGGAUGUCGUUAAGUUUAAGGUUCGAUGCUCCAAGUACUUGUACACGCUUUGUGUCUUUGACCCUGAGAAAGCCGAUAAGUUGAAGCAAUCUCUUCCUCCCGGUUUGAGUGUUCAAGACCUGUAGAGCUGUUGAGUGUGGCAGCAUGCGUUUGUUUCUCUUUUUGUUACCUGAUGCUCUAGAUUUUGUGGCUUGGUUUUAUAUGUUGGUGAUUUUUACGAGGACAUUUUUGUUUUAAUUUGGUACGAAAUGUGAAAGUUUGAUAUUGAGCACAAUUGAAAUGAAUUGCCCAUAGUGGUUUAUUUUAUUUA